GAUGUUAAAUGUGUCAGCAGCUUUUCAAGUGGAAGUACUAUAGAUUCCUUGUUUCUUCAUUGCAUUUGCAUGGUGUUUUCUUCCUACUGAAGUAAGCUAGUUGCCUCUCAUUAGUAAAGCUACUUCAUUUGACUCUGUAAUUCUCAGAAGAAGGAUCAGUGGAUAUGAUGAUGGAAGGUGAAGGUAGUAGUAGCAGCAAGAAGAGAGGAGUUCAAAAUCAUGACAAUGGCUUCAUUAAUACUCUCUUUUCUUGGUCUCUUGAUGACAUUUGCAAUGAAAAUCUUUUCAGUCAUAAGGUGGAAAAAAUACCUGAAUCAUUUGAGUCUGUCACUCAGUAUUUCGAAUCAUUUGUUUAUCCUUUGUUGGAAGAAACAAGGGCACAACUGUUUUCAUCCAUGGAGACCAUUUCAAGCGCACCUUAUGCUAAGGUGGAUGUUUUUAGGCCCCAUGGACCUGAGUUACAUGAUGUUAAGAUUGAUUACUGGAGGAACAGGUUCAGUAACAAUGGUAAAGAGCCUUGUAAAACUUUGCCGGGGGAUAUUUUAAUUUUAGCAGAUGCGAAGCCUGAAACUAUUUCCGACUUGGAGAGGGUUGGUAGAAUGUGGUCUUUUCUAUCAGUCAUGAAAAUUGCAGGGGAUGAUGAUGAAAAUGAUAACGAUACCACUUCAACUUACUUUAAAGUGAAGGCUUCAAAAAGCAUCCAGCAGUUUGAUGGGGAGAAAUCACUGUUUGUGAUUUUCUUGGCAAAUAUUACUACUAACAGAAGAAUAUGGAAAUCCUUGAACAUGUCUCGAAAUUUGAAGAUUAUCAAUGAAGUUUUACGCCGGAAUUCUGUGUUGGAGGAAAGUUGCCAAGUCUGUUCUGAACUGAAUGGAGCCAUCUUAUAUGAGAAAUUUGGUAGUGGUUUAUCAUCAACAUUGAAUGAUUCACAAUUGAAUGCAGUUCUUGCCUGUCUUGAUGGAGUGCGUUGUGAUCACAAGUCCUCUGUGCAACUUAUAUGGGGUCCCCCUGGAACAGGGAAAACUAAAGCUGUUAGUAUGCUUCUCUUUACGCUGUUGAAAACAAAAUGCAGAACCCUUACUUGUGCCCCGACAAAUGUUGCAGUUACUGAAGUUGCUUCUCGUGUUCUGAAGCUGCUGAAAGAAUCGAUUAAAACUGACGACUAUGGAAGUGAGACUCUGUUGCUUCCUCUUGGAGAUAUUCUCUUGUUUGGGGGUAAGGAGAGACUCAAAGUUGGUCAAGAAAUAGAAGAAAUAUAUCUGGACUAUCGUGUUAAAAGGCUUUCAGAGUGUUUUGGUGUGCUGACUGGCUGGAGGCAUUGCUUCUCAUCCAUGAUGGAUUUACUUGAAGAUUGUAUUUCUCAGUAUCACAUUUUCUUGGAGAAUAAAUUGAUAAAGAAGAGAGAAAGCAUUGACAAAAAUGAAGUCAAAGAGAAUAACAGCAAUAUGGAAAUGGAAGGUGACAAUGAGGAGUUCAAUUCAUUUCUUGAAUUUGUGAGAGAUAGAUUUAAACAUACUGCCACUCCUCUUAGAAACUGUGUAUAUAUCUUCUGCACUCAUAUACCCAAAAGUUUCAUUUUGGAAAGUAAUUUUCAAAAUAUGGUAGAUCUUAUCAGUUUACUUGAUUCUUUUGAAACUUUGUUGUUUCAAAAAAAUGUAGUUUCUGACAAGCUGCAAGAGCUCUUUUCACAUUCAGUAGCUGAAGAGUUUUUUCCAUCACCUUGGCAUAGAAAUUACUUGUUGCAGAAAAGGAGAGGUGAAUGCCAUACAGUUUUAAGAAAUCUUCAUGAUUCCUUUAGUAAACUUGAGUUUCCAAGUGGUAUGAACAAAGAUUCAUUAAAAGAUUUCUGUUUUCAAACAGCUUCUGUAAUAUUUUGCACUUCUUCUAGUUCAUUUAAGCUGCAUUAUGUGGACAUGGAACCACUGAACAUUCUGGUCAUUGAUGAAGCGGCACAACUAGGAGAAAGUGAGUCGACAAUACCGCUGCAACUGUUCGGCUUAAAUCACACUAUUCUCAUUGGGGAUGAGUGCCAAUUGCCAGCAACGGUUAAAAGCAAGGUUUCUGAUGAAGCUUCCUUCGGUAGAAGCUUAUUUGAGAGGCUGAGCUCAUUGGGUCACUCUAAACACCUGCUCAAUACACAGUAUCGGAUGCACCCCUCAAUUAGCUACUUCCCGAAUUCACAUUUUUAUAACAACCAGAUUUGGGAUUCUCGUAAUGUUAAAAGAAAAAGCUACAAAAAAGUCUUUUUGCCAAGAUCUCCAAUAUUCCGUCCAUAUUCUUUCAUCAAUAUUCUCGAAGGGAGAGAAGAGUUCAUUGGCCGUAGCUGGAGAAAUAUGGUUGAGGUAGCUGUUGUGAUGAAAAUAGUGCAGAACCUGUACAGUGAUUGGAAUGAGUCAAAACAGAAGCUGAGCAUUGGCAUUGUCUCACCUUACGGUGCUCAAGUACAAGCAAUUCAAGAAAAACUUGGAGGCAAGUAUGGUAACUGUGAUGACUUUAUUGAAGUGAAGUCAAUUGAUGGGUUUCAAGGUGGUGAGGAGGACAUUAUUAUAAUUUCGACUGUGAGAUUCAACAAAAGUGGAUCCAUUGGAUUCUUGUCCGAGCCACAGAGAAUCAAUGUUGCGCUUACGAGGGCCAGGCACUGCUUAUGGAUUUUAGGGAAUGAAAGAACCUUAACUCAUGGUGAAUCUGUUUGGGAAAUCUUAAUCCAUGAUGCUAAGCAACGCCGUUGUUUCUUUAAUGCUGAUGAAGAUAAGGAUAUGGCCAAAGCUAUAUUAGAGGCCAAAAAAGAGCUUAAUGAAUUGGAUGAAUUGCUGAAUGCUGACAGUAUACUUUUCAGAAAUCAAAAGUGGAAGGUUGUUUUUAGUGAUAAUUUCUUGAAAUCUUUUAAAAGAAUGAAAUCAAACCAUGACAAGAAGUCGGUUAUCAACCUUCUAGCGAAACUUUCAACUGGCUGGCGACCUAAGAGAAGGAACAUAGAUACCAUUUGCAAAAGCUCUUUGCACAUUAUUAAGCAAUUUAAAUUUGAAGGUCUAUAUACAAUUUGCACUGUUGACAUAGUAAAGGAAUCAAUGUACAUCCAAGUUUUGAAAGUCUGGGACAUAUUGCCUUUGGAGGAUGUUCCAAAAUUGGUAAAACGUUUGGAUGAUAUAUUUGUUAGGUACACUGAUGACUACAUCAAUCGUUGCAAAGAGAAAUAUAUUGAAGGGAAUUUGGAAGUUCCCAAGACUUGGGCAGUCUCUUCAGAAAUCAUUCGAUUCAAGAAUCUUGCUGACAUUAAGAGUGGAAGUGACUUAAGUGGAGCUCCUUUAGACAGUAUGAGUUAUGCUGAGAAUUCAAAUGUGGCUGAAAGUUUGCUUUUAAUGAAAUUCUACUCUUUAUCAUCAGGUUUAGUGAGCCAUUUGCUUUCUGACCAUGAUGGUAGAGAAUUGGAUCUUCCAUUUGAAGUAACAGAUGAAAUUUGAUAAACUAAAUGAUUAUCAUCUUUUACCUUU